GGUGAGGAUUGGAAUCAUCCUGAUUGUGCACCUAUCACCAUGGUUGAGACCCGUACUAGGUUAGAGACUAAUUCCUAUAGUAAGGAGCAGCAAGAAAAGAUGGCCGCCUUAGUUAGAGAGAACAGGGAGAGGAAAAAGUGUGAGAAGCAAGCGAAGCUAAAGGCUAUCGCAGAUGAACAGGCGGCGAAGAUGAAGAGAUUGGAGGAGGAGAUGAAGAAAGUACAACAAGAGGAGGAAGAAAGAAGAAAAGCUGCUGAAGCAGAAGCGGCAGCAGAAGAAGAGAAAGAGAGGAUGAGGAUUGAGAGUGGAGAAGGGAGUAGUGGUGGCACGAUGACGAGGGAGACAGAUACUGGGCUGGAGAAGAGGAUCAGCGAGUGGGUCGCUAAUUUAUCAUUGGGAGAAGACGAGGAGGCGAAGAGGAUCAGCGAGUGGGUCGCUAAUUUAUCAUUGGGAGAAGACGAGGAGGCGGAGUCCUAUGUGACUAAGGAUGAGAAGGCUGCGCUGGCCGCUGAGCUAGCAGCCAUGACAGACUCGAUGGAACGAAGAGAGAGGGAGGAGGAACAAAAGUUAGCAUGGAAGCUGAGGAUGAAGAGAGAGAAGAAGAAGAGGAGAGAGGAAGUGAACAAGAUGACCGCAGAGGUGGCAAAGGUGAAGGCGUGCAGACAGGAGGUGUUGGCCCGGCCAGAUGACAAGGCCAAGUGGGACAAGGUACUGGGGUACCUAGAGGUAUUAAGCAAGGCCUGGAUGGAGGAGCGUCAGGCAAGUUGGAGCCAGGAUGUAGCUUUGAGCGCCAUGCGGUCUGGAUUUACGGAGUUUGCGCGCGAAAUCGUCACCCACAUUGGGAGCGAAGUCAAACAGUUGAGAGACAACGCAGGGAAGUUUUGUGAGGGCGCCAUUCAGGGUGCCAAAGCUGUAGCCACUAUAGAGGGAGAGGCCAAACCCCGUAAGGACCCAGUGAAACUUAAGUUCCCAGACGCGUACGGGGGAAUUAAGGACGAGAACUUUGACACCUGGGAGGCCAGUGUCAAUAGUUACAUUUACUUACAACAUAUCCUGAUAGAGGAGCAAGUCCUCGUGGCCUUCCAGGCCCUGAAGGACGAAGCGGCUACCUUCGCCAGGUCUCUCGCGCGUACAGCCGGUUGUGAAAACAACCUGGUUGCAUAUUCCAAAGUCACUCCUCUUUCCCAAUUCCUCAAGCUCCUCAAGGAGCGGUUCGCUGACCCAACGCGAGGCAUUAGAGCCUCUGAUAAGCU